AUGUUCCAAAACUCAGAGGUGUCUGCUUUAUUGGGCAGAAUCCCUUCUGCUGUAGGCUACCAGCCUACCCUGGCCACUGAUAUAGGUACCAUGCAGGAUAGAAUUACCACCACCAAGAAGGGAUCGAUCACCUCUGUCCAGGCUAUUUAUGUGCCUGCUGAUGACUUGACUGACCCUGCCCCUGCUACCACAUUCACCCAUUUGGAUACUACCACUGUCCUGUCCCGUGCUAUUGCUGAAUUGGGCAUCUACCCUGCUGUGGAUCCUCUCGACUCCACCUCUCGAAUCAUGGAUCACAACAUUGUUGGCAAUGAGCAUUAUGAUGUUGCCCGUGGGAUGCAAAAGAUCCUGCAGGACUACAAAUCUCUUCAGGACAUCAUUGCUAUCCUGGGUAUGGAUGAACUUUCCGAGGAAGACAAGUUGACUGUGUCCUGGGCACAAAAAAUCCAGCAUUUCUUAUCUCAGCCAUUCCAGGUUGCUGAGGUGUUCACAGGUCAUAUGAGGAAGCUGGCACCCCUGAAAGAGACCAUCAAAGGAUUCCAGCAGAUUUUGGCAGGUGAAUAUGACCAUCUUCCAGAGCAGGCCUUCUAUAUGGUGGGACCCAUUGAAGAAGCUGUGGCAAAAGCUGAUAAACUGGCUGAAGAGCACUCGUGAGGGGUCCUUUUGGCAAAAUAAGGGAUGACCCUUGUGUUGUCCUCGCCCCUAAUCCAAGUCUGUUUACUCUUAAGGACUCGAGAUCCUUGAUUGGAAAGAGCAUUGUGUUCUGAAUGAAGAGCAUUUAAAGUUUCCAAUAAAAUUCAGAUCCUUCAGAAAAAAAAAUGUUCCAGAAAAAAAA